GGGUCGGCCCUUUUUGUGUUCCCAAUAAUGUUGCGGACGAACCUGACUUACAGUUGAUACAAUAUGUUUUUGAGCGUUUAAGUGAUAGAUGUAUAAUUUUUUCGUCGCAUGGAGGUACACAUCUGUGUCAAUCGGAAUUGACCACACUUGGACCACGGGCUCAUUUGGAUUCAUGGGUAAUAAAUAUUUUUGCUGAUAUCCUCACUGACAAUGAAAGGAGAAACAAAAGCAAAGUUUUGAAUUGGUAUCUUCCGGUGAUGUCUUCGAAAACACUCAAUAGUGGUGAUGUAAGUUUCUUCCUUGACUUUGUUCACCGGAAUAAUAUGAGAGACAACUACAUGUCUGAAUCGGUGGAUUGUGAGAAGAUAUUUAUUCCUGUUCAUGUUGAGAAAAAUUCAUGUGGACAUUAUUAUCUAUAUAUCAUUCAUACGAAGAAUCAGGAAGUUGAAAUAUGGGAUUCUCUAUGUGAUCGAUUUAUGGAUGAAACUGAACGCGACCAAACAACGAAGAAACUGCUGCUUGCCAUGGAUAAUCUCUUUGGAAAUGUUAUGUUCACAAAAUUCGAUAGGAGAAUGGCGAGCAAUAUCUUGUUACAGCCUAACAGGUGA